AAUCAGGGGAGUUGAAACGGCUGCACACAGUGGACUUUUUUUUUAAACUCAACUGUUCUUGAGUCUGACUCGGUGCCAUGAUGGUUAGGUGCUCGUUAGCGCUGUUGUUAAUCACAGCGAGCGUCGGUGUUUGUCACGUCACGUACAAGAGACUCACCAAACCUCAGAUCUUGGGUUUCGACUGGAAGAACUGCGGCCAGCCCAACGACCCCGCUGUGAUGAAAACCCUGGCCGUGUCUCCAGACCCUAUCUCCAUCCCUGGAGAACUGACAGCCACAGCGUCAGGAUCCACUGCAGUCGAGCUCACCGCUCCACUCUCUUUAAACGUGAUCCUGGAGAGGGAGGUGGCAGGUUUCUGGGUGAAGGUGCCAUGUGUGGAGGAGUUGGGCAGCUGUCACUACCCGGACGUGUGUGAUAUUCUGGACCAGGUGAUCCCACCUGGGCUGGACUGUCCUGAACCACUGCGCACCUACGGGCUGCCCUGUCACUGCCCGUUCAAAUCAGGCUCCUACUCUCUGCCCAAGUCUGACUUCUACCUGCCGGACAUCGAGCUGCCCUCCUGGCUGACCAACGGACACUACCGGGUCCAAGGUGUUCUGGGCAUGAAGGGCACACAGCUGGGCUGCCUCGAAGUGACCUUCUCUCUUCACAGCAACUAACGGAGCGCCAACGUAAGCCUGAAGGUUUGAGGGUUUGAUUGAUAGCACAGAAACAAUGUAUUUUAACCUACAGGUGAAUAUGUCCCUGAUUUAAAGGUACAGUGCACAUUUUUAAUGUCAGGCUUUUUUCUUUCUUUCUUUCUUUUUUUUUUUACUCAUCUGUGCCAUUUCUUUUAUGCAGCCAUUAAAAAGUGUUAAAGUCCUUUUUUUCACGUCAGUAUAUCAUUUGGAAUUUGGAUUCAGACCAGAAACUUUGGCUACAGAUUUUAGAUGUAACUCAAACUCAUGCUGGAAAACUUUGACAUAGACUCAUUGCUACAGAUGUAACAGGUAAGAAUUAUUAUUAUAUAAUAUUUUAAUUGAAAUGCGUCAUAAACAUCAUAAAGUUUGUAGGUACUGUUAAAGACUAAAUGCAGCGAGAAUAGGGUGAAAUGUUGAUCUUUGACCACUAGAGGGCAGGCUUUAAACAUCUUCAUAACGACUCAACGCUGUGCCUUUUUUGCUGAUUUGAGUAAGUGAUUUGUACUCGGUUAUUAUGAAAUCUGCUCGAGGAAUAAAAAUGCGACGAACUUUUUUUAUUAAAAGGAAAUCUUUAGUCAGUGAGAUUUCAUUUUUGGUCAUUGUUUUUUUAUAUUAGUUGAUUGGCCCUUUUAAUGUCUGUUGCAUUUUAGUUUUUUAAAUUUUGGAUGACACAUUGUAUUGUAAUUUCUGUGUAUAUUAUUUUUAUAUGUUGUCUUUAAUGACUUAUUUUUGAUUUAAUCCUCCACAAAGCAAUGCAAUAUUUUCUAUUUUCUAAGUCAUACAUCUGGUCUGUUUUAAACAUGUACAUUUUUAAUAAACUUUUUCACUUUAA